CUUCCCAUUUGCACAACCAUUGACUGCUGCCGAUAAUAGUUUGUAAACACACGUGAAUUCGCUUUUCGUCGACAGUUUAGGUUCUCACAUUUUAAAAGAUGGCGAAAAGUUUGAGAAGUAAACAUAAACGUAAGAUGCGGGCUAUCAAGCGUGAGAAAUAUGGCAAGAAGGAACUGGAGACACUGAAGAAGACGCUGCAGAAGGCUACAGCAGACAGGGAUGUGGUGAUGCAGGAGACUUGUACAGUGAAAGAUGCCGAUGUAGUGAGGGCUGAAGCUGCUGAGAAGAUGGAAACAAACAAAGCUGCGGGGAAGUUCCACCCUAAGACGAUGAAAAAUGAGCAUGGCAACUACCCCGCCUGGAUGAACCAAAGAAAACUCAGGAAGGUGAAGAAGGAACAGAAACGCACAACUAAACUGAUAGCAAAGAAGAAAAAGAAGUGAAGAGUUUGACAUAAAUUGAAGUGUUUUUAUAUUAAUAACUUUGUGACAGAGAUGACAGCUUAUUCCAGCUCUGUCUAGGUGUCAAAGAACUUUUGGUUUCUGAUACAGGACCGGUUCCUGAAAUAGGAGGUACUUGUAUGCUCUUAUCUCGUCUGUUUGAUGUUUAAUAUAAAUGAUUCAUGAACCACAUCUCAACAGUAUUUACUGUCAUACACAUGUAUCAGGCAAAUAGGUCUUAAUAAUCAUUAAUCUUAUUCCAACUUUGUUCUGUGCCUAGUGGACAAAACUAACGGAUUUUUUUGGACUUUUUAAAAUUAAUUCACUGUAUAUUAAGAAAGUUCCCAUCUGAUAUUCAUGGUAACAUUAAGAUUUAAUGGAAUUAAAGCGCUUAUUUUCAAUAUGUUGUAUAAUAUAUUUAUGUUCUACACAGGGCUCUCACUAGGCUGAAAAUUUUGGGAGAAGUGACUUCUCCCUUCAGUCAAUUUAGGGAGAAGUGGGGAGACUUUAGGGAGAAGUGAUACUUUUUAUAACACCUGAUACAAAAACUAUGCCAUACCACACACCUCAGUUUAUAUUCACAUUCAAAUUGAUUGCUAUAACUAUAUAAAAUGUUUAUAAAAUAAUGUAUCAUUUUUGGCUCAGCAAAAGUGUAUUUGUCAAUGUCACAUAGUUUAUCUCCAAAUAGCAUCUAAAAUGAACCAAAACAAAUACAUCUAAGGAUUUGAAAUAAUCAUAAUGACCUCAUAAAUGAACUGUCAAUAAAGUAGGGGGACGAAUCUUGUUUUGGUACGUUCGGGAUAGGGUACGAAUGUCACAUUCAGCUAUGCUGUUAUUUACUUGUCUCAGGCUAAAUAAUUUUAAAUAUGCUGACAUUUAAGAACCAAAUGACAUUUAAAUCAGUGUCCUUGGUGAAAAAUUUACCAAUACAUAAUGGGAAGUUGAAAAAUUAACUCGGAAAUUUGUUCUGACAAAAUGGCGAUCUCGCCGAUUAUUUUUUUUUUGACAUCGUAAAUGUGACAGGAGAAAAUUACCGUAAGUAAACUCUACAUAAAGCAAAAAAAUGAUAUUUUGUUUUGUUUACAAAUCAUUUUUCAUCAUGAACAUUUCACUAAAACCAAUCAAAUAUUUGGUGAUACGUCAUGUUAUUGAUUUUCUUAGCGCCUACUUGCCGAUGGCCCGAUAUGGCUAUGGCCGUCUGCUUCAAAAGCAACAAUGUUUAAAUGUCUUGCAUUGUUUGUUCAAUACAUAUAUUAAUUACUUUUUAACUUAAAUUAAUGCUUGACACGAUAUUUCAUAAUUAUGUCUCCAAUUCUAUCUCAUUUUAACGAACUUUAUCAUUUGAUCAGGGUCUUCUGAAUGUACAUUCUGAUUGGUUAACUUUCAAUAGCUCCGCCUACUGGCGAUGUUUUGGUAAUUGGAUGACACGGCCCAAUUAUUGGAUUAGGAAAUUACCAAUUUGUAUGAAUGGCUUAUUGUGAUGUUUUGACUAAUGGAACAUUGGCCAAAUACUCGCUGAUUGACAGAUUUACAAUGUGCUAAAAUUUUCGGCAAAGUCAAUGUCGCUUUGAUGAUACAAAUGGGCGAAGUCUGGGAAUUUUAGGCGACCACUUCGCCCAAGUCGCCCCCUCGCGAGAGCCCUGCUACAGUAUACAGAUCCCUGGUGAGAAUAUUACUAGUUGAGGAUGUAAGUUUUUAUUUUGGGGGGGGAGCGUUUAUUAAAAGAACUGUUGUUGUUUUUUGUUAUGAAAGGAAUGAAAUAAACUAGUUUUAUGAUGCUUA